AUGUUCAUUCCAACUGAGACACUCACCUCGACAGGUGGUCCAGCGAUGCCGUUCUCGACCAACCUUGAGGCCCGCGCUGUUGUUGUUCCAGUGAUUGUCCCAAGUGACGAGAAACUGGGCAAAGGAGGGAAGAUCGCGAUAUGCGUUAGCCUUGGAUUGGUUGCAGUGGGGUUGAUCAGUGUAUGCCUCCUCAUGUGUCACGGGCGUCUACGUUUCUAUCUAUCCGCCUGCUAUGACUGUACCCUAGGCCGUUGCUGUCAUGCGCUUGGGCGUAUACCAUCCUCGUGGAAGACCAAGCGGAGCGCCAAGGCGAAGUCCGAUUCUACUGCAUCCAACGGAGGCACCGUUCUGCACACUAUGAAUGUUCAACCCGUGUCUCCGGAUUCGCCGGAACGUGCGCUUGUCCGUGACCAGAGGGCGACUGCUGGCCAGACCGGUCAGCGUUGUGGAGAUAUGCCAGGUAGUUCAUUGACUCCUGCCCAGGCGGUCUCAGACUCUGGUUACUACGAACGGCCUCCUCCGCCGUAUACUGCCUCAAGGAACGGCCGAGAUAUUGAACAUGGGGGUAGUACGGCACAACCUAACAAUGAUGGGCAGAAUGGUGAUUCGUGGCUUCCGACCUGGCUGACAGGAUAUAUUCCUGGGUGGGCCAAGUGA